AUGGAUGUGGUUGAUGAAAUUUGUUUGUCAGCCAGGAAACAAUUGACAAAAGCAAGUCUAUUGAAGAAAGAUUUAAUUGGUGUUUGUGAUGAGUUGGAAAAAGAAGAUGAGAAGAAAGUUGAUGAAUAUUUGAUACACUUGAAUUCAAAAAAAGCAAUUGCAUCAAAUGAAAUACAAUAUGAGAAAUUGCAGAAAGAAAAGAAAACUGAAAGUCAAAAGCUGGAUGACGCACUGUGGGCAUAUAGAACUGCUUAUAAGUCCCCUACUGGUUUAUCCCUAUUUCAGCUGGUAUAUGGUAAGUCAUGUCACUUACCAGUCGAGUUGGAGCACAAGAAAUUAUGGGUCUUGAAAUUUUUAAAUUUGGAUUCAAAGGCAGCAAGAGAGAAAAGAAGAUUACAACUGCAGGAAUUUGAAGAAAUGAGAUUCGAUGCUUAUGAAUCCUCUAAGCUCUACAAGGAAAGGAUGAAAGCUUAUCAUGACAAGAAAAUUUUCAAGAGAGAAUUCUACCCAAGCCAAUUAGUUUUAUGGUUCAAUUCCAGGUUAAGGUUAUUUCUUGGAAAACUCAAAUCAAAAUGCUCAGGACCGUUUCUUGUAAAGGUUGUCAAACCUUAUGGAGCUAUUGAGUUAGAGGAUCUUGAAACCAAAAGAAGCUAG